CAUAGGAGGGCGAGGCGGGAUAGGGCGCCGUGUCCCGAGUGGAGGCAGCAGUUGCCCCCGCCUCCUUCCCCCCUCCUCGGGCUGCUGGCCGUCGGGCUUGGGCCAAUCAUGGCUCCCCGUUGAGGGGGAGGAGGAGGGAAGCGGGGCGGGGCCGGGACGCGGGGUGGAGGCCGCCCCGGGCGAGGGGCGGGGACCAUCCUCGGGCUUCAUUUCCCCUCCGCAUGUGCGGUGUCCGCUUGGGAGCCUCUUUCCUUCCCCGAGUGUCGCCUUCCCUGCGUGCCCCUCUGCGACAGCCAUGUCGCUCGGCGAGACCGGUCCCGCCGUGGCCUCGGUGCCCAACGGAGAGUGCGGCAGCCCGCCGUCUCGGCCGAGAGGAAACCGAGUGACGGUGGUGCUGGGCGCGCAGUGGGGCGACGAGGGCAAAGGGAAGGUGGUGGAUCUGCUGGCGCAGGACGCCGACAUCGUUUGCCGCUGCCAGGGAGGAAACAAUGCUGGCCAUACAGUUGUUGUGGAUUCUGUGGAGUAUGACUUUCAUCUCCUACCAAGUGGGAUCAUCAAUCCAAAUGUCACUGCGUUCAUUGGAAAUGGUGUGGUAAUUCAUCUACCAGGAUUAUUUGAAGAAGCAGAGAAAAAUGUGCAAAAGGGAAAAGGUCUUGAAGGUUGGGAAAAAAGGCUUAUAAUUUCUGACAGAGCUCAUAUUGUAUUUGACUUCCAUCAAGCAGCAGAUGGCAUUCAAGAACAACAGAGACAGGAGCAAGCUGGAAAGAAUUUGGGUACUACAAAAAAGGGUAUUGGCCCAGUUUAUUCCUCUAAAGCUUCUCGAAGUGGACUCAGGAUGUGUGAUCUUGUUUCGGACUUUGAUGGCUUCUCUGAGAGGUUCAAAGUUUUAGCUAAUCAAUAUAAAUCUAUAUAUCCCACUUUGGAAAUUGAUAUUGAAGGUGAAUUACAAAAACUCAAGGGCUAUAUGGAAAGGAUUAAACCAAUGGUGAGGGAUGGAGUUUAUUUUCUCUAUGAGGCUCUUCAUGGCCCUCCAAAGAAAAUUUUGGUAGAAGGUGCAAAUGCAGCUCUGCUUGAUAUUGAUUUUGGUACUUAUCCUUUUGUGACUUCUUCAAAUUGUACUGUUGGAGGUGUUUGCACAGGUUUGGGUAUGCCUCCUCAGAAUGUGGGUGAGGUAUAUGGAGUUGUUAAAGCAUAUACAACUAGAGUUGGAAUUGGAGCCUUUCCAACAGAACAGAACAACGAAAUUGGGGAAUUAUUACAGACCCGAGGUAGAGAAUUUGGUGUGACCACUGGAAGAAAAAGAAGGUGUGGCUGGUUGGAUCUUGUUUUGCUCAAAUAUGCUCAUAUGAUUAAUGGAUUUACUGCGUUGGCGCUUACCAAAUUGGAUAUUUUGGACGUGUUUACAGAAAUAAAAGUUGGAGUUGCCUACAAGUUAGAUGGUGAAAUUAUACCUCAUUUUCCAGCAAACCAAGAAGUCUUAAAUAAAGUUGAAGUACAAUAUAAAACUCUCCCAGGAUGGAACACAGACAUAUCAAAUGCAAGGACAUUUAAAGAUCUCCCUGUCAAUGCACAGAAUUAUGUUCAGUUUAUUCAAGAUGAGCUUCAAAUUCCAGUUAAAUGGAUUGGUGUAGGAAAAUCCAGAGAAUCAAUGAUUCAGCUCUUUUAAGGACUGCCGAUGCAGUGAAGAAGCACACUCCUCCCUCCUAAAAGGAAGAGAAAAAAAAAGACUGCUUAUUCUCAAACAUUUUAUUUUCAAUCUGCAAAGCCAAGGAUAUGGACACUGAAUGGAAAAAGUCCUACAGUUUUCAAAUUUUAGGAUCAAUGGCUGCUUUGGAAAGAAACUUUGGCAUAUUCCAUUGUCAGCUUUCUUUAGCUGGCAUAACUGCCAGAUUGUUUUUGCUCCUGCUGCUCAUGGUGCCACAUUUUCUUUUAAUGUUUAGUCAUAAUAUAGUCCACAUUUUUAAAAAAAAAAUCUAAUGUAGAGAGCUCCUUCAAAUGUAUUUAAUUUUCAUCAUUGUCUCUGUGCUGUCAUUGGUGUUAUUCACAUAUCUUAGAUGGUAAGAACAAUUAAUGCAGUUUUGCACAAAUACUUUUACAUUCUGAUCAUUCAAAUUCUGUCAUUGUAAUCUUUGCUGUUAGAGUAAAUGAUUAAAGAAAGAAGGUUCGGGUCACUUUUGUAAUGCUGUAAAUUCUCUAAAUUGUGAGCCGUUUCUUCUGUCCAGAGACUAUUGCCAGAUUGAAUUUUGGGGGCAUGCACAGGUUCUUUAAUUUGUACAGACAGCAUGGAGAACUUGAUUUCUGUGAAUUAUUUAAUACUUUGAACAUUUAAUUGGUCAACAGAUAAGAGUUACCCAUGAAAAUUUGCUUAUUGUAAAAAGUUCAUUUGUAAUAAUUAAAGAACUAGUCUGAUAUUUGGUGGGUUUGAUUCUUUGUGAUUUCAUACAACUCAGAAACAUGUACCUUGCUUUUUGUAAUUUAGCAUUGUUCCAUCUGGUAGGCUUAUUCUUCAACAUUGUGUCUACCACUAUGCCUAUAAAAUCACAUGUUGCCAAAUGCACCAAAUAAGCCUCCCCAGUUGUAAAUUAUAUUUGGAUGACUAUUUCUGCUCUCCUGGAAAUAAAAGGCACAAUUUUGAAGAUUAGGCUUAAAUUAUAUUGUGCUUCAGAUUAGAAGGAUACAGUAAAUGGGAUAUUUUAAAUGUUUGAAUUAGGUGCCAUUUGAAUUCCUUUAUUUUAUUAUACAUCAAUAGCUGAUUAAAAAUAACCAAAUAUUUCUAGUA